ACAAACAGAAAAGAAGUUUUCAUACUUUCCACGCAAUUUGAGUCGACAUCCAUGUUCGUUUACAUGAAUGUAUUUUAGAUAGUAACAACAGAUAUAACACUGGGAUUGCGACCGAUUAACAAAGAUAUUCAGUCUGUGUGGUAGACUGGUAGGAACGGGCUUACUGGCUUUAGUCGGUUGUCCGGUGUCCUUGACCUCUUCUCGGUUCAAAAUACAAGAUACCCCAGAGAACGAGUUUAUCUCUAACCAACUUUGAUAUCCGACGAAUAUACUGCAUCAACUGAUUUCUUUUCGUUUUCUUGAGGUGGCAGGUGUAGAAGUGAGGAUUUCGCCAGAAAUGUCCACAGCAAUAGCCACGAAUGGUCAUGGUUCUAACAUCGAACAAGAGGACUUCAAGACGCAUGUGUUUGGUGGUGCCAUUUCUGGUGAGUAUACAGAGAUUCUGAGAAUCAUGCAAACGGAACAAGUGGAAGACGAAUCAAAAACAUGCGGCAAGAUUCUCAUCGUUUUGUCAUGGAUAGUGGUCUGUCUGACUAUGCCCUUCUCCCUCAUGGUCUGUUUCAAGGUGGUGCAAGAGUACGAAAGGGCAGUAAUAUUUCGAUUAGGACGACUUCUUUCCGGUGGCGCUAAGGGACCAGGAAUCUUCUUCAUAUUACCAUGCAUCGAUGCUUACGCUAGAGUGGACCUGAGAACAAGGACAUACGAUAUCCCACCACAAGAGGUGCUGACCAAAGACAGCGUGACGGUGUCUGUGGACGCGGUAGUGUACUACCGGGUGUCCAACGCCACCGUGUCCAUCGCCAACGUGGAGAACGCACACCAUUCGACCAGGUUGCUCGCGCAGACCACGCUGCGCAACAUCAUGGGCCAGCGGCCGCUGCACGAGAUCCUCAGCGAGCGCGAGAGCAUCUCCCAGCACAUGAAGGCGCUGCUGGACGAGGCGACGGAUUCGUGGGGCAUCAACGUGGAAAGGGUCGAAAUCAAGGACGUUCGACUGCCGGUACAGCUGCAGAGGGCCAUGGCAGCUGAGGCAGAGGCAGCUCGAGAGGCCCGCGCUAAGGUCAUCGCAGCUGAGGGUGAGCAGAAGGCUUCCAGGGCUCUGAGGGAGGCAUCUGAGGUCAUUGGCGAUUCACCAGCUGCCCUACAGCUACGCUAUCUGCAGACAUUGAAUACAAUAUCUGCUGAGAAGAAUUCAACUAUAGUGUUCCCUCUACCCAUUGAUAUGCUAACAUAUUUUAUGAAAGCUAAAGAAGCAUCGAAACAUUCAGAAAAAUAAAUAAUAUGCAUUUUUGUCGAUAGUUGAUAGCAUUUGAUAGUUAAGCUUUGUAGAGUAUAGGUAAGGAAUUAAAAAUCCUAUAGUAUGUUUUGUCAUUUUGAGGGCACUAAAUGAAAAUACACUAUGGAUUUUACCGAUGUAUCUAGCACAUAAUAUGAACACAAGUUGGUAUUUUCAUCUAUAGGUUUGUUACGUGUGGAAUGUAUUUUCUGAAAUAAAUGUUUCAAUCUUA